UAUGCUUCCCCGGCCUCUUGUGAUUGGCUCGGGGUGCGGCAGCUCUGGGGACACGUCACUGAUAGGCUGGACACGGGCUGCGGGAGAUACUUUAGCUCAGUCACCGCAUUCAUCUGACAUUCGUCUCCCGGACACACAGCUUCGCAGUCGCCAUGCCACUAGAAUUCGAGCUGUGCCCCGGCCGUAAGGUGGGCGGCGAUCAGCCAUGUUUCAUCAUAGCCGAGAUUGGGCAGAAUCACCAGGGAGACCUGGAGAUCGCCAAGAAGAUGAUUCGCAUGGCUAAGGACUGUGGUGCGGACUGUGCAAAGUUCCAGAAAAGUGAAUUAGAGCACAAAUUCAACAAAAAAGCCUUGGAAAGACCAUACACUUCCCCGCACUCCUGGGGAAAGACGUACGGGGAUCACAAGCGCCACCUGGAGUUAAGUCAUGAUCAAUAUCGAGAACUACAAAAAUAUGCAAAGGAAACGGGCAUUUAUUUCACUGCCUCUGGAAUGGACGAGAUGGCAGUGGAAUUUCUACAUGAACUGGGGGUUCCAUUCUUUAAAGUUGGGUCAGGGGACACCAAUAAUCUGCCCUAUUUAAAAAAGACAGCCCAGAAAGGUCGUCCGAUGGUAAUUUCAAGCGGUAUGCAGUCAAUGGAUACCAUGCGCCGUGUUUACGAGCUUGUAAAACCAAUCAAUCCAAACUUCUGUAUACUCCAGUGUACUAGCGCUUAUCCUCUUCUUCCGGAAGAUGUAAAUCUACGUGUCAUACAGGAAUACCAGAAAGCCUUCCCAGAUAUCCCUAUUGGGUACUCCGGCCAUGAAAGUGGUAUUGACAUUACAGUUGCAGCUGUUGCCAUGGGUGCCAAAAUAGUUGAACGCCAUGUAACACUAGAUAAGACCUGGAAAGGAACUGACCACCAGGCUUCAUUAGAACCUAGUGAACUGGCUGAUCUGGUCAAAUCUAUCCGUACAGUGGAGAAAGCCAUGGGUUCUGUGGAAAAACGGCUUUUGCCUUGUGAAAUGGCUUGUCACAACAAGCUUGGUAAAUCUGUUGUGGCAAAGAUUAAAAUUGCUGCAGGCUCCGUGAUCACUCUCAACAUGUUGACAAUAAAGGUAGCUGAGCCGCGUGGCUUCCCCCCAGAGGAGAUAUUUGACCUUGAAGGCAAGACGGUUAAGAGAGAUAUAGCGGCGGAUGAAUCUGUCACCGAAGAGGCAAUUGAGAACUACAACACAAGAACUAAAUGUUAACUGAAUGAAGAGCUUGACACCUACCAGAAUUUUCUUUCUCCUGUCACCUCUUACCUUACCAAUACAUGUUAUAUGUAGAAGUCAAUUGCACAGGUUGUUGGAUACUUUCUGUAAUGAACAUUCAGUGGCAUGCCAGAUGGUGUUGCUGUAACUAGAUCUCUUAAGUCUCAAUGGCAAACAGUGCUGUUCGUUGUAAGGCUGUGAAAAAACUGCAUGGCAAUCACUGUUUUGUAAGCAAAUCUGUCUUCGGAAACUUGCAAAUCACAAAAUUUUGUGGAUGAUUCUUCUAGUUUUGGGUAUUUUACAAGCAGAAA